AUGGAUCUCUUCAACAAGUUGCCGGACCCUGUUGUUUCUCACAUCUUGUCCUUUCUUCCAACAACUAAGGAGGCUGCUUCCACAUCUGUUCUUGCAAAAAGAUGGCGUAAUCUUUUUGCAUUUGUCCCUAACCUCAAUCUCGAUGGAGAUUCCAAGACUUUCAUGGAUUUUGUGGAUAGGGUUUUGGCAUUACAAGGUGAUAUUCCCAUUAAGGAGUUCUCUCUCAAUGCUAAAACCGGUGUUGAUCCUGAUCGUGUCGAUCGUUGGAUAUGCAACGUGCUGCGACGCGGUGUUACUCACCUUGAUCUAUUCGUGGAGUUUGACGAGGAAUUUUCUCUUCCUUAUGAGAUAUCUGUUAGCAAGACGUUGGUUGAGCUGAAAACAGGAUAUGGAGUUGAUCUUUACGCGUGGGACGAUGACAUGUUCUUACCAAAUCUUAAGAAUCUUAUCCUUGUCUCAGUUGAGUUUGGUAGAGGUCAGUUUCAGACACUUCUUCCUGCUUGUCCUGUCCUCGAGGGAUUAAUGUUGCUUAAUAUGAAGUGGAGAGAUAGAAACGAGAUCUUGUCCAGUCCAUCACUCAAGAAGCUUAAGAUAUCUGUCGCAGAAGGCUGUAUAGGCACUUUCUCAUUCGACACGCCGAAUCUUGACUUCUUGGACUACGAUGAUUUUGUUGCUGAGGAUUAUCCAUUGGUUAACAUGCCAAACAUAGUUGAGGCUGGGAUCAAUCUUGAACUAACUCCAUUUAGAGUCCGUGGAGCAAGGGAUAAUCUGGUGAAGCUUAUUCAUGGCAUUCGAAACGUGAAGAUACUUUACUUAACUCCUGUAACUUUCGAGAUACUUUCUCUUUGCUGUGAAACGAUGCCGGUUUUCGAAAACCUUACAACUUUGAGUAUUAAGAGUGUUAUGAUUCAAGGAUGGCAAGCAAUGCCAGUUCUUCUAAGGAGUUGUCCACGUUUAGAGAGUCUAUAUAUUGGGGAACUGUUACACUCUAUAACGGAUGCAUGUGGGGAUGUUUGUGUCUGCCUUUCAAAGUGGAACAAAGGAUUGUCGCUCAUGUCUUGUUAUGUGAAGAAGAUGAGGAUUUUAGGGUUUAGAGGAACAAUAAGAGAGGUGCACAUGAUAAAACAUUUCUUGGAUCAUUUGCCAAGUUUGAAAGAGAUGGAGAUAGUUGUCGAAGAGAAUGAAGAUACAAUGUUUGAUAUUCCUAAAUGGUUAGAUAUUGUGGGGGAGACACUGAUGCAUUUCAACGAGACGUCGAGUUGCAAUGUCAUAUUCUGGAUGCAUGCUUUCUUGUACCGGAGAUUGACUCGGAAAUGGAGUCCUCAAGUGUGA